CGUCCCGGCCCGCCUCGCGCCGCGCGGGACCGCCUGCGAUGCCCAGUCAUGAAACGUGUACGCACAGAACAGAUUCAGAUGGCAGUGUCCUGCUACCUCAAGCGUCGUCAGUAUGUAGACUCAGAAGGUCCCCUAAAACAAGGGCUGAGGCUGUGUCAGACCGCUGAAGAGAUGGCAGCUAAUCUCACAGUCCAAUCUGAAUCUGGUUGUGCCAGUGUAGUGUCUGCAGCCCCCUGCCUGGCAGAACCACAGCAAUAUGAAGUACAGUUUGGACGACUACGCAAUUUUCUCACAGAUUCAGAUUCCCAGCACAGCCAUGAAGUGAUGCCUCUUCUGUAUCCCCUCUUUGUCUACCUCCAUCUUAACAUGGUCCAGCACGGCCUAAAGAGCACAGUGGACAGUUUCUACAGCCGCUUCCAUGGCAUGUUCUUGCAGAAUGCCAGUCAGAAAGAUAUCAUUGAGCAGUUGCAGACUACCAUGACUAUUCAAGAUAUCCUGUCCAACUUCAAGCUCCGGGCUUUUCUGGACAACAAAUAUGUCAUCCGUCUUCAAGAGGACAGCUACAACUACCUUCUUCGCUACCUCCAAAGCGACAACAACAAUGCUCUUUGCAAAGUUCUUACCUUGCACAUUCACCUGGAUGUGCAGCCUGCCAAGAGGACAGACUACCAGCUUUAUGCCAGCGGCAGCUCCUCGCGCAGUGAAAGCAAUGGCCUGGAACCUGCCGACAUGCCUACUUCCAUCCUGCAGAACGAGGCAGCGCUGGACUUGCUGCAGGACAGCAUUAAGAGGGUCAGGGAUGGCCCCCCUUCCUUAACCACCAUCUGUUUCUAUGCCUUCUAUAACACAGAGCAGUUGCUGAACACGGCCGAGAUCUCACCAGACAGCAAGCUGCUUGCCGCUGGAUUUGAUAAUUCUUGUGUAAAGCUGUGGAGCCUGCGAUCCAGGAAGUUAAAAUCUGAGCCGCAUCUUGUAGAUGUGUCCCAAAUCCGCCUGGCUUGUGAUGUUCUGGAUGAGGAGGAGGAAGAGGAUGACAAUGUAGGCACAGAAAUGAAGAUCCUGAGAGGACACUGUGGACCAGUGUAUAGCACAAGGUUCCUGUCAGACAGUUCAGGACUCUUAUCUUGUUCUGAAGAUAUGUCUAUCAGAUACUGGGACCUUGGAAGCUUUACAAACACUGUGUUGUACCAAGGGCAUGCCUACCCUGUCUGGGAUUUGGAUAUCAGCCCUUGCAGCCUGUACUUUGCCAGCGGUUCCCACGAUCGCACAGCGAGACUCUGGUCAUUUGAUCGGACGUACCCACUGCGCAUAUAUGCAGGCCACUUGGCAGAUGUGGACUGUGUCAAGUUCCACCCCAAUUCCAACUACUUUGCAACAGGCUCCACAGACAAAACUGUGAGGCUCUGGAGUACUCAGCAAGGGAGCUCUGUGCGCCUCUUCACAGGUCACCGCGGCCCUGUGCUAGCACUCGCAUUUUCUCCCAAUGGUAAGUACCUGGCUUCAGCGGGUGAAGACCAGCGGUUAAAGCUGUGGGACUUGGCCUCUGGCACGCUUUACAAAGAAUUGAGGGGGCACACGGACAACAUAACCAGCCUUACCUUCAGCCCCGACAGUAGUUUGAUUGCCUCUGCAUCCAUGGAUAAUUCUGUUCGGGUAUGGGACAUCCGGAACACUUACUGCAACACCCCAGCAGAUGGUUCUUCGAGUGAACUGGUUGGUGUAUAUAGUGGACAAAUGAAUAAUGUACUGAGUGUACAGUUUAUGGCCUGUAACCUUCUUCUAGUGACUGGAAUUGCACAAGAAAAUCAGGAACAUUAAUUUUUUUUUUAUGGAGGCGGGUGGGCAUAUUGAAUGCCAGAGUCCAUUACGAAUCGAGAAGAAAUUACUGACUGUGAAACGCUUUUCUUUCCCUCUUCCAUUGGCAGGCAGGUUCGGGAUGGUGCAAAUACUUUAGAAUGCUUUGCCCACAGAAUAACCUAUGCUAUUGAAUAGUGAGGAAAGGAGGAAUUGCAGAACAUUGUAUUUUAGUCAUUAAUUGACUGAGCAAUGAGAGAGCGAGGGCAGGGGGAAUGCUAUCGUUAAGUAAUUUGGGAAAACCAAAAAUCUGGCCCAGAAAAAUAAAAUUGCCAAGUGGGUAAACUGCUGUGACCUGCACUUAAAUAUCUUGGCACUGGCCCAACUGGUAGCUAAGGUUUUGCGCGUGUGUAGAAGUACUGGCCUGGUUCUGUUUUGUUCUGUUUUGUGUUCCGUUUUAUUUUUCUUCUUCCCCCUCCCUGGAAUUUAAGAGCCUUAUGUUAAAAUAAAAUGAUUACUUUUAUAAUAAUGGUCCCAAACACAACAGCUCUCAGUAGCACUGCUGCAGUGUUUAGGGCUGAUAAAGUAGAAGGUAUAGGUAGAAGGUGUAGCCUUUUUUUAUUUUUAUUUUUUUUAUUUUAGGGAAUGGAAAUCUGACCUCAGUUGUGGCCUAACUUUGCGCAUAGUCUUUUGGGUCUGAUUCCUGACAUUCGUUGUAUUAUUUGUAUUUAUGGUCCAGGGAUUUUGGAUUUUCCAAAUCUAGUUGCACUGUGGUUUUAGGGUGAGGACAAUGGGGAAGGAUGAGUGUAGCUUCCCUUGGCUGAUGGAGAAGAUGAGUGGAGAAGAUGGAGCGGCCUAAAUUUGGACUCCUAAUAGGAAUGGAGCCUGGCAGCCCAGCACUGCACCUCACUGAAAAUCCUUCCAAAAAUGGAAGCUUGCAGUCUGAGGGGUGGGAGUGAAAUGGCUAAUAGUAUUACUAAAUUAUUGCGCGUGCACAGCGGCAGCUUUGCCAAUAUUGGAUUUUUCUCAAAAUGUUGCAAUAUCAGUUACAUGAACAUUUUUGCAGAACAAAUCGUAAACAUCUAAAACCAGGAGAUGAAAGAGAAAAUUCUAAUUUGUCAUUUCAGGAGAAGAUUAAAUAUUUCUGCUUUCUGGAAAGAGUUAUUUUGUAUUUUGUUUUUCUAUUAAAAGCAUUUAGUUUAAACAAAGUGUUGGUCCCUUUGUGGGGAAUUUAGGGUUGCCUUGGCUUGUGUGGGAAAGUGGGAGAAGCUUUGCCUGUUCAGCUACGACUUAAUGCACUUUGCGAUAUGGAGACAUGUUGAGCUUUGCUGAUGUGGGGCUUGGGAAUUCAUUCUUGGCCACAUUUCUUGGUGUUAUCCAGGUGCCCAUACAUGCGAGAUUGACCUGGAUAGCAGAUAAUACAGUUAUAAGGAUCUGUGGCUAAAGGAAGUCAGGUUGCAGAUUUCCCACACUUGACGCUACCACUUUUGUCCCAACAGUUCUGGUCCUACACACAGUAUCAUUUUCAGUUCAAAUUGCCUGAAAUUUUAAUUUGUUUUAAUGUAUCAUAAUCUUUUUGUUGUUGUUGUUUUAAGAGGACAGCAAGAAAAGAGCAUAGCCAAAAUGUCUUUAGAGAAAAUACUGUUAAUAUGAAAUGCUAAUGUUCUUAGACUUCUCCCAUAAAUUUUGGUCCUUUGAUGAGGACACCCCUGGGAACUCUUAAUCAGUCUUAGAACUGAAUAAAUUACUUACAUGGCUGG